CUUUAUCUUCCUUAACCACACAUAUUUGAAAUUACUACGUCCUGCUAUCGAAAGAGAAAUCGCGCGCUCAAGAAAUGCAAAAAUCUCCCCAAAUAGAAAAUCCUUCAAAACCUUAACUUCUAAAUUCCCUUACUUCAACAUUUCUAGUGUUUUCAAUUUCGCUUCUUUUACAAGCAUAAUGGAAGGAUCUACACUGAGAUUAAUAGUAGAAAAAGGUCCAAAAGAAGGAGAAACCAUGGAUUGCAAAGCAGGAUCAUCUUCAGUAAUCAAAAUUGGAAGAGUUAUGAAAGGUAAUACUUUCGCAAUUAGAGAUUCUGGUAUUUCAUCAAACCACCUAGUAAUUGCUUUUAAGAAUAAUAAAUGGGUCAUUUCUGAUUUAGAUUCAUCAAACGGUACCUUUUUGAAUGAAAAUCAAAUUAGGGCUUUAACUGAUUUUGAUCUUAGAGAUGAAGAUAUCAUUAAAAUUGGGGAACGUACUUCUCUAAAAGUUCAAAUUAUUGAAGAAGUUAGGGUUUUGACGAAACCCCAAACUAGAAAUGGUAGGAAAAAUGUUGAUUUAGUAGAGGAAGAAGAAGAGCAAGUGAGGAGGAAUCCUAGGCGACGUGCUGCUCCAAAGAAUUUAGCUGUUGCACCUGUUUCUAGUGUACCAGCUUCUUCUGCUGUUGCAGAGAGUAGGCCGAAGCGAGGAAGACCUAAGAAAGUAGAGUCUGAUGAAGCUGAAGACAUACUGAAAGUUCCCCAAGUUCCAGAACCAAAAGUUCAGCCAAUUUCAGAAUUAGAGCAAGAGAUUGGUGCAGAGAAACAAGAAAAUGCAAUUCAUGUGGAACCAAAGAAAACACGUCGAGGAGGAGGACGAGGUACCAGAAGAGGGAGAGGUUGCAAGGAGGAAACCGUCGUUCCAGUUCUGGUUUCGGAGAAUGUGGAGGUGUCUGAGAAUGUAGCUGCAGAACAGGUGAAUUGUACAGUAGAAGUAUCUAAUGGUAUUGUUGGAGAGAGCAGUAGGGUUUCGGCGGAUGAGCAAAAACACACUCUAGAUGAUGUUUGUGAGGUGCAGAAGAGUCUGCUGAAUUUAAACAUAGAUCAGAAUAUGGAGUUAGAGAAAUGUGAAGAAGAGGGGAAAGAAGCUCCUGCCGCGAGGAAGAAGAGAACAGCAACUCGAAGAGCUGCUCAGCAGAAAGGAAAAGCUACCGAAGAUGUUCGAGUUCCGGAUCCUGAAGAGGAUACCAGGAAUUGCGAAGAAUCAAUUUUGCAGGAGGAGGAAUUAUGUGAAGAGUUUGCAAGUACUUCAGACGGUGGUGUCAGAGAAAACUUGGUUGAGGAAAAUAAAGUUGAUUUUGAGAAGAUGACACUGGGUGAGUGGUUCGAUUACAUGGAAGUCUAUUUGCCGAAACAAAUACGCAAAACUACUGAAGAGAUUGUUUCAAGUAUGAGAGAAAGAUCAAGACAAUUCAGUCAGUUUAUGUUAGAACAGCAACAGCUGCAACAAAAAGAUGGUAAAGCUGAAGAAGAAAAAGGAGUUGGCAGUGGAAGGUUUCCUCUGCAAUCAAUUCGUUGUGAUUUGGUGGAUGUAAGAGAGGAUUCAAACAUGCCAUUGGACUUGAUGAAACAAUGGGAGAUUAGGAAAACACUUGCACCGGUUGAUAUUGGAUCUCUUGGCGGGCUAGUUUUGGAUCCUGUACCGGUUUACAACAAUAUCUUUAGGUAUUGGAAUCAUCAACUGGUUUUGAGCUUGAUUGAGCGUGGGCAACAGAUUCCGAUCAUCAUCAGGGAUUUGGAUACUAAAAGUGAGCAUUCUUUGUUCAUUAAGAAGUCCACCAUUGAUGAAUCCUUUAUAAUCUCUACAUUUUGGGUCAGGGAUUUUGUUCACAGGAGGGAUCUCAAGGAAGGUGAUAUGAUUGGGAUGUAUUGGCAUCCCCGUACUAAUUCUUUCUGUUUCUCUGUCUUGAAACGCGCUGGUGUAGAAUGAGAUACACCAUUAUCUUGAUGUUCUGUCUUGGUUUUU